UGAUGUAAAAUGGGUGAAACAACUUUUUCGUUGGGUCUCCAGGAGCGCAUGCAGCGUUUGCAGGAGCUCACAGACUUCACAGAGAGUUGUCAAGCCGAGCUCAGGGAUUUGUUUGACUCGCUGGAAUGGAGUCAGGAAUUAGAUACACAUGCAGUUCAGAUGGAAGUGUGUCCAUGCGAUCCAAACCACACUGUACCGCGGGGCAGGAUGGAGAAACACAAAGCUGCCUGUCAGCUCAGUCAGCUGGGAUACUCUAAAGAAGAGCAGGCUGAAAUGUUUGAUCCUUCAGUGUACUAUGAGAAAGCUAACAUUCCGUCCAUUACCAUGGACGUUGACACAUUUCACCAAGUAAUUCUGCAGACCCGGGAAAAUGCUCCUCGCGUGAGCUCGACAGGAAUCCACUCAAAAAGGGACACAUCUACAGAUCUCCCUAACAUACCUCAGAAUCAUAAGCGCGCAUUAUGUGACCUCACUGUGGCAGAACGAUUGGCCGUCCAUGGUCAUGUGUUACAAGAAGCCAGUCAGCAGAGUGCGAAGAGAGAAUCCAACAACGAGGAUCUUUAUGUAGACCUUGUUGCAAAGCUUAAAAAAGGAGAUAAACAGAGUGGGCCGAAGUCUCAUCUGGAGGUCUUGGCUGAGAUGAGGGACUACAGGAGGCGCAGACAGUCUUACAGAGCGAAAAACGUUCACAUCACCAAGAAGUCUUACACAGAGGUGAUCCGUGAGGUUAUUGACAUCCACUCUGAAGAACUAGGCAGGAUUUGGCAGGAAGUGAAGGAUGAGGAGUCCAAAGCAUCACAGCAGUCAUCCCACAGAGGGUCAUAUGAGAAAGGCCGCUCCGCAUCUGUUGAGUCAUGUGAGUCUCGUAUCAGCUCCCGAAAUGAGCAUGGGCAUAAACAGCACCGCAAACGCAGUCGCAAGCACAGUCGAGAGAGAAAACACAAGAGUAAGAGAGAUUCACACUCUCCAGAUGUGGAGAGACAUCACAAGAAAAAGAAGAAGAAAAAGAAGUCUUGAAAUUGGAGUUAUUUUCAUAUCAGUAUUGUUCCCUUGAAUGUUUUUAGUUGGAUGAUAUGCUACAAUAAAAUGUGAAUAAAAAUGUUUCAAA